AUGGAGCAAGACCCAGCGCAGCAGCGUAGAAACAGGAAAGCUGGAACACGCAGUGGGCCAGCUAGCAGAUGUUUCACGAAAAAUGCAUCAUUUGGCAACUAUUGGAAUGGAGUCUUUAGUUUGCUGUUAACUGUGUGCAGUGAGGUAGAAAGCCAGUUGGAACGUGUCAUCAUGAAAUGUUCUUUCAAUCGGCUUGGCGGACUGCAGCUAGAUCGGGAAUUCCGUCAGCUUAGUGCUUAUCUCAGUGGAGUGGCCGGCUGGACAGCACGAGAAAGAUGUGCUCGCCUGUCGCAGAUUGUUGCUCUUCUGAAUGUGGAGAAUGUGGAUGAAGCGGUCGAGUUGAGAGAAGCGACGAGGACAUCGCCAAUAGCGCGCAUGCUGUCAGCAAACGAUACCAUCAAAGUGCUCGAGCUCAGAGUUGAUUUACCGGCUGCGAGGUUAACUGUGAUAAUAAAGAUGCGUGCUGCACUGCUGGUUCCAAAGGUUGUCGAGCUAUUCUGUGGUAAUACCAAG